CCAUGUCCAUGCUGCCCACCUUCGGCUUCACGCAGGAGCAAGUGGCGUGCGUGUGCGAGGUGCUGCAGCAGGGCGGCAACAUCGAGCGGCUGGGCCGCUUUCUAUGGUCGCUGCCCGCCUGCGAGCACCUUCACAAGAAUGAAAGCGUGCUCAAGGCCAAGGCGGUGGUGGCCUUCCACCGCGGCAACUUCCGCGAGCUCUACAAGAUCCUGGAGAGCCACCAGUUCUCGCCGCACAACCACGCCAAGCUGCAGCAGCUGUGGCUCAAGGCGCACUACAUCGAGGCCGAGAAGCUGCGCGGCCGGCCCCUGGGUGCUGUGGGCAAGUACCGCGUGCGCCGCAAGUUUCCGCUGCCACGCUCCAUCUGGGACGGCGAGGAGACCAGCUACUGCUUCAAGGAAAAGAGUCGCAGCGUGUUGCGCGAGUGGUACGCGCACAACCCCUACCCCUCCCCGCGGGAGAAGCGGGAGCUGGCGGAGGCCACGGGUCUCACUACCACACAGGUCAGCAACUGGUUCAAGAACCGGCGACAGCGUGACCGGGCAGCCGAGGCCAAGGAAAGGGAGAACAGCGAGAACUCCAACUCCAACAGCCACAACCCGCUGGCGGCGUCGCUGAAUGGCAGCGGCAAGUCGGUGCUAGGCAGCUCCGAGGACGAGAAGACGCCGUCGGGGACGCCAGACCACUCGUCGUCCAGCCCCGCGCUGCUGCUCAGCCCGCCGCCGCCACCCGGGCUGCCAUCCCUGCACAGCCUGGGCCACCCUCCGGGCCCCAGCGCCGUGCCUGUGCCGGUGCCUGUGCCAGGCGGAGGCGGCACGGACCCGCUGCAGCACCACCAUGGCCUGCAGGACUCCAUUCUCAACCCCAUGUCAGCCAACCUCGUGGACCUGGGCUCCUAGAGCCCCACCUGCCUCAAUGCGCUGGCCUCCGGGGCUGGCGCCGGGGACUGAGAGAGGCGGCANGCGGCCCGCCAGGGACUGAGACCCGCAAGCAAGCGGGCAGAACCGCCCGUUGGUGUUGCCGAUGGCCCUCUGGCUUGGCCUUUGUUGGGAAUUUUUUUUCCUCCCAACAAGUUGGUUUUGAGAUCCUUUGGAGACCUGGGACCGGGUCUUGAACCAGGGAAGGGAAUAAAUUAUACACAAUUCUUAUACUCUCCUACCUUCUCUCUGCUUCUCUUUGUCUGUUCUCUCUUCCCUUGCUCCUUCUUCCUCUUCCUUUCCCUUUCUUCUCUCUUCUUUCUUUCUCCCUUUCUUGCUCUCCCCUUAUUUACUCUGUCUCUGUUUCCCUUUAUAUUUCUGGCUUGUCAUUUCUCUAGGUUUCUGUUUCUCUGUCUCUCUCUGAUUGUCUCUCCUCUCCCCCAGCCUCACGUAUCCUGGCCCUGGGUCUGUACCCCUCCUUCUUUUCCCUCCUGCCUGGCCUUCUGACCUCCACUGCCACCCCUGGAUUUCCGGGGUUGCGGGUGGGAGGGGGAAAAGCAAAGGAAAGACAGCCUUUGAAUCCAGGCCAUCUCCAGAGGCCCUCCCAGAGGGGUCAUUGGGGCUGCAGGUGUCAGCUUUGCCCUAGUAACUUCAGUGAAAGAGAAAGGGCAGCGGUGAGAAGGCCCCGCAGGCCCCCAGCCCUGCACUCUCCUCCUCCUCCCGGACUGUGACCACAGUGCUCCCGCCAGAGCCUGCCUCCCGAGCCUCCGACUUGCCGUCUGCCUGUUACGCCCUCAUGUGAAUGUUCUUCAGGAAAUAUUUCUGCUUUUAUUUUAUAAUAAAAUUAGAAAUGAUAAAUAUAUAUGGAUAUA